CUGAGGAUUAGUGAGUGCGUCUUAAGUUUGGCGCUGACACGCUUCAUGGAGCCCUCUCAAAGCGCGCCCUCGGCCCUGGAGCGCUUGCCUUUUAACAACCUCGCGCUUAAAAAGCUGCCGGUGGAUGACUCGGACGAACCCCCCGAACUGUCCAGGACCGUCCCGGGGGCAUGUUUCUCUCGGAUUCGGACGCUUCAGCCUCUGCUCCGUCCCCGGUGCGUGGCCCUGUCCGAGCCGGCCCUCGCCCUGCUGGGCCUCGUUGCGCACGACGUGCUGGGCGACCCUCUGGCUCCGGACUACCUGAGCGGCUCCAGGCUGCUGCCAGGCUCCGAACCGGCUGCCCACUGCUACUGCGGACACCAGUUCGGCCUGUUCGCUGGUCAGCUGGGGGAUGGAGCGGUCACCUACCUCGGGGAGGUGGAGACCAAGGAUGGACGCUGGGAGAUACAAGUCAAAGGGGCUGGAGUCACACCUUAUUCCAGGGGUGGGGACGGCAGGAAGGUGCUUCGCUCCAGCAUCAGAGAGUUCCUCUGCAGCGAGGCCAUGUCCUCCCUGGGGAUCCCCAGCACUCGUGCGGCCUCCCUCGUGACCUCCGACCUCUACGUGAGCAGAGACCCGCUCAGCAGUGGCCGAGACGAGCUGUCCGGCGUGCAGGGUCCGAGUGCGGGCCGGCAUGAUAUCCGCUCUCAGCUUCUGGAUUACGUGGUUGAGACUUUCUACCCCCACGUUCAGCGGGCUCACGGCAACAGGAAAGACAGGAACAUGGCUUUUUUCAGAGAGGUUAUGAUGCGCACUGCUAAGCUAGUGGCCCAGUGGCAGUGUGUGGGCUUUUGUCACGGCGUCCUAAACACAGACAACAUGAGCAUACUGGGUCUUACUCUGGACUAUGGCCCCUUUGGUUUCAUGGACAGAUUUGAUCCGGAUUUUGUCUGCAAUGGUUCAGACAAGAGGAGGCGCUACUCGUACCGGGCCCAGCCCUCCGUGUGCCGCUGGAACCUGGCUCGCCUGGCCGAGGCGCUGGGCCCCGAGCUGAACUCAGCAGAGGCCGGAUCCAUCCUGGAUGAGUUCAUGCCAACGUAUGAGAUCUUUUACUUGUCUAUCAUGAGGAAAAAACUUGGCCUGGUGACAAAAGAAGAGGCAGAAGACAGGGAACUCGUAUCAGACCUGCUGCGCGUCAUGCAAAAUACUGGUGCGGAUUUCACUAACACCUUCCACUUGCUGAGUCAGGUCCCCUGGCCUGAGGAGGGGGACGAUGAGAGGACCACUGUGGAACCAGUAGUGGACCUCAUCCUCGAGCAGUGUGCCUCUAUUGAGGAGCUAAAGGUGGCUAACAAGCCUACAAUGGAGGACCGAGAACUGGCCAUGAUUUUGUCCAUGGCGCAAACCAACCCUGUCAUGUUUGGAAUGGUGGCAGACAGGCCAGAUGUGGCCCAGCAGCUUGAGUUAAUGGGCCGGCUAAAGGAACUCCUGGAGACGGAUCACAAUGAACUAAAGGAGAAGCAGCGUGACGACUGGAUCCACUGGGUUAAAAAGUACAGGCGGCGUUUGACUCGGGAGUUUGACGGCACCAGUGACCUGUCCUCUGUCAAAAGAGAGAGGUGCAGAGUGAUGAAAUGCAACAAUCCCCGUGUGGUGCUGAGGAACUACAUCGCCCAGAACGCAAUCCGAGCUGCAGAAAACGGAGACUUUUCUGAGGUACGGCAGGCUUUGUGA